AUGGGUAAAUGCGUAGUGAAAGAAUGCGUUUCAAGGUCACAAAAACAUAAUAAAUCAAGCGGAAUCACUUUCCAUACUGUACCUAAAGAUGCAGCACGCCGUAAGAAGUGGGUGGAAAUAAUAAGGUUGUUAAGAAAGGAGACUGACUGGGUGCCUUCUAAAUCUACUGUCAUUUGUUCUAAGCACUUCCGGAAUCAAGACAUACUUGAACCAAAAAGCGAUUGCGGCCGUGUUCAUUUGUCUAACGAAGCAAUUCCAAUGAUUGUAGACGAACCUCAUUUUGAAAAGCCGGUAGAACUUUUAAUAGAAGAAAAUAUGGAUUUUGAUGUUAUGGAAACCGAUGAAGAGAUAGAUGAAAUAACUGAAACACCGCGAAAGCACAAAAUGAGAAAAAUAAUUCACCGUUUGAAAAUUGUGCGCGGCAGCUACGCGCGGCAGUCGCGGGACACAAAUUGCCGCGCGACUAGUUUAGAUCUACUGCGCGGCAUCGCUGCAUGA